AUGGAUCCCUCUGUAGACAGCAUGCGGAGUACUAAGAGGACGAAAGAAGAGAAAAAAUUCCUGCGAAAGCAAAUUAAAAUGAGUCAUACUCUUCUCAGACAUGACGGAAUAAGUACAUUAACGCAGCCGACCAAGAGCCUUGUGGUCGCCAAUGGAGGGUUAGGGAACGGGGUUGCCAGGGAAACCCUGGAGAAGGUUUUGAGAGAGGCUGGGUCAGUUACAUCUCUCCUCAUGCCCCCAGACAAACCAUAUGCAUUUGUCAUAUACGAGUCAGCAGAGGAUGGGCAGCGUGCACACGCUCUACUGAACGGGUACACGCUACAGUGCCAGGGGCAAAUCGUCACCCUCUAUCUCAGCUAUAUAGAGAACAUGGAGAGUAAGAGGAGUACGUGUACUGACUGGCCUCCUGGUUUGUGUGUGUUGGAGGAGUUUGUGUCUCCAGAGGAGGAGACGGAGCUGCUGGGAGCUGUGGAGUGGACGUCUCACAGCAGUGAGUUUUCAGUCCAGAGAGCUCUGAAGCAUCGGAGAGUGAGGCAUUAUGGGUAUGAAUUCCGAUAUGACAACAACAACGUAGACAAAGACAAACCGUUGUGUGGAGGGCUUCCUCAGGUGUGUAACGCAGUGAUGGAGAGAUGUUUGAGAAGUGGCCAUAUUAAAGUCCUUCCAGACCAGCUGACAGUGAACCAGUAUGAGGCAGGCCAAGGUAUUCCCCCCCACGUCGACACACACUCUGCUUUUGACGACACGAUUCUGUCCCUCAGUCUGGGGGCCAAGACAGUGAUGGACUUCAGGCAUCCUGAUGGGAGAUCCGUUGCCGUGGUGUUGCCCAGACGGAGUCUUCUGGUGAUGAGGGGCGAAAGUCGUUACCUUUGGACACAUGGUAUCACACCCAGAAAGUUUGAUGUGGUGCCUACAUGUGAGGGUGACAGGUCUGUGACUGUGACCUCUGACCUGAGUCACCUCACUUUGAGUAAGCGUGACACCAGAACAUCUUUUACUUUCCGGAAGGUGCGACGGACCCCAUGUGACUGUGUUUACCCAUCAGCAUGUGACAGCCAGCGUGCCACGCCCUCCCUGCCCCACACUGAGGAAGAGGCCUGUCGUUUGGAGGCGGAGUUUGUGCAUCAGGUAUAUGAGGAGAUCUCCGCCCACUUCAGCAGCACCAGACACUCCCCCUGGCCACGGGUUCGAGACUUCCUGCUGUCUCUCCCUCCUGGAUCCAUCCUGGCUGAUGUUGGAUGUGGAAAUGGGAAAUACCUGGGAAUCAACCCGGAUGUGAUAACGCUGGGUUUUGACCGGAGCAGUUGUCUGGUGGGGAUCUGUGCUGAUAAGGGCUUUGAGGCGUGUGUGUCUGACGCUCUGUGUGUUCCACUGCGCAGCCGCAGCUGCGAUGCCUGCAUCUCUAUUGCAGUUAUUCACCACUUCUCCACACAGGACAGAAGACUGGCAGCAGUUAAGGAACUGAUGAGGCUGCUAAAACCUGGAGGUCUAGCUCUGAUCUACGUAUGGGCCCUGGAGCAAGAACUCAACAAACAGAAAUCUAAAUAUCUCAAACAGAACAAAGAACACAGAACUGAGGAGAACCAGCAUCUGGACCAUUCUGAGACAGAACUACAUCCACACAACACCCAGGAGGAUUCUGGGAAAGACUGUCCACUCCUAAAUGAUGCCAGGGAGACUUCUCAGAAAGACAGUCUCCUGCCAGAAUACACCAAGGGGGAGUCUGGCAAAGAUACUCAAUUCUUAAAUUACAGUGGUGAGGAUUCUGGGAAACUCAGUCUUCCCAAAAAGCUGAGUGUCCAUACCAACCGCACUGCCUUCAAUUCCCAGGAUCUCUUGGUGCCCUGGCAUAUGAAAAGUAAUGAUACUCGGCACAGGAGUGAUGAUGCCAGUGCAGAUGGGAAUUUAUCCAAAUCCAGCCCUGUGCACCACCGCUAUUACCAUGUUUUCCAGCAGGGGGAGCUAGAGCAACUGUGCAGUAACAUAAAGGAUGCCAUGGUGAAAAACAGCUACUAUGACCAGGGAAACUGGUGUGUCAUAUUGGAGAAAAUUCCAGAAAACUGCUAA